UUCUCUCUGUCAUAUUAGAGUGGACCCGGAAGUUUUGUCAACAUAAACACAACUAGCGGUUUGUACUCACUGGCACUUAAACCGCUGGAAACCACGGCGUGAAGACAAGAGAAGGUUUGGGCUUUGGAUCAUGCAGUCAGGGGUUUUGUGGCUGUUGUUCACGCUGACAGUGUGCGGUGCGAACUUUUCCCCUCCGGUGGUGAACAUCAGUCUGGAUCAGGCUCCAGAGAUCAGAUGGUUGCCGCUUAAAAAGUUCUUCAGUAGAGAUUUCUUACAGAAAGCAGCAGCUCAGGUGAUCGAUUCUACGGUUCCGGCAUGGGUUCACCAGGCUAUCAAACCUGUGGUGAGAGCUCUGGAGCAGUUUAUCCCUCAGCCCUACGCUACUGAGAUCAGAGGCUUGGCAGCUUUAUAUGGCAGUGACAUCUCCGACAUCAUCUUGCUCAACUUUGCCUAUGAAGUUUCUGCGUUCUGCACGAGUAUUGUGGCUCAAGACACCAAAGGAAAAAUCUAUCACGGUCGAAACUUGGACUACCCCCAUGAAGUGCUCAAGAAUCUUACGAUUGAUGUUCUAUUCAUCAAAAAUGGAGACGUGGCCUAUAGGGGCACAUCUUUUGCUGGUUAUGUCGGGUUAUGGACUGGGCAAAGUAAAAACAAGUUCACUGUGACUGGGAAUGAGCGAAAUAAGGGCCACUGGUGGGACAAUAUCAUUUCAGCUGUCCUGUUAAAGAAUUCUCCUGUUAGCUGGCUAGUGAGAGAGACUCUUGAGGAGGCCUCAGACUUCCUGAAUGCAGUCAUACAGUUGUCUAAAAUACCCAUCAUCAGUGAUGUGUAUUACAUUGUGGGUGGUGUUUAUCCAGGAGAGGGUGUGGUCAUCACCAGAGACAGGAAUGGCCCUGCAGACCUUUGGCCAUUGGAUACGCUCUAUGGAAACUGGUACAGGGUUGAGACAAACUACGAUCACUGGCUGCCCCCACCCAAACAAGACACUAGAAGAGAAGUGGCUAAAAAAGCAUUGAACGCUACAGGUCAAAAUAACAUCAACUUACAUUCUCUUUAUCAGGUUUUAUCAGUGGUCCCGGUGUGCAACGGGAUAACGGUCUACACGACUGUGAUGAGUGCAGCUGCCCCAGAGGUGUACAGAACCGUGGUUAGAGAGACAUGUGGAGAGUCCUUUUUGACAAAGGUCGACGGUAGAAACUAAAACCUUCACCAAACUUACAGUAGUUUCAAAAUCACAUACAACAUUGCAUCUCACAUGAUAUUUCAAAUGAGACAAUUUUAAUACAAAUUUUUACUGUAUAUUUAAUUCUGUGGUAACGGGUCACUGACCUCUCUGCAAUAAUAGAUUUUAUAAUUGUUUAUGAUUGUAAAUUUUUAUAUACUUGUACAUGUUAAAUUGCGGUAACAUAAUGUUCAUCACAUGGGCUUACCUUUUAGAUAUGUCUUAAAUUUGGAGUCUGCAUGUGUGUAAUGAUGUUAACUUGUGCACUCAACCAACAAGAUUAAUAAAUUUACCAAUUUA